AUGGAUUCAAUGAAGGAUGCAUCUGACAACUUUGAUUUACAACAAUGGAACAAGGAAGAGAACAGUGCAUCCGUGGAAUAUAGUAAUAUUGGAUCUGGGGGUCUUGAUGACUACACGAGUCAAUUUCUUACUAAUGAGGUUUUCAAGAGCAAAGAAGAAUUACUUGGUUGGGUACGGGACGUUGGAAGGAAAAAUGGGUUUGUGAUUGUCAUCAAGACAUCAGACUAUGGUGGUGGUCAUAGGACACCGAGGAUAUUUCUUGCCUGUGAGAGAAGUGGUCAAUACAGAGCUCAUAAGAAAUUAGCAGGAGAUGAUUCAAGCAAAAAAAUUGUGAAGAUAACGGGUACAAAGAAAUGCGGGUGUCCCUUUGAGUUAAGGGCUCGUAAGUUGAUGGCUGAUGAUGAUUGGAUGGUAGAUGUAGCAUGUGGAAUGCAUAAUCAUGCUCCUGCUAAACAUUUUGAAGGACAUUCAUUUGCAGGGAGAUUAUCUGAGGAGGAAAAAUCAUUAUUAGUGGAUAUGUCCAAAAGCAUGGUCAGACCGAAAGAGAUUUUGGUUACAUUGAAACGAAAGGAUGCUUUGAAUGUAACCACUAUGAAAACCAUUUACAAUGUACGUCAUAGGAAUAAUGUUAUUGAGAAAGCUGGGAGAUCACAAAUGCAACAUUUGUUGGGUGAGUUAGAAAAACAUAAUUACAUUGAGCGGCAUAGGUGUGACAACAACACGAUGACUGUCAUAGACUUGUUUUGGGCACAUCCUGUCAGUUUAGAUUUGCUCCGUUCAUUUCCAAAGGUGUUGAUCAUGGACUGCACAUAUAAGACAAAUCGAUAUCGUCUUCCUCUUCUUGAGAUAGUUAGAGUGACAUCCACUGAUAUGUCAUUCUCCGUAGCCUUUGCAUAUCUCCAAUUUGAGCGGAUUGAUAACUACGUUUGGGUGUUAACUACAUUGCGUAGUCUCUUGGAUGACAUUGGUAUUCCUGAGGUGAUUGUCACGGACAGGGAGCUUGCUUUGAUGAAUGCUAUUAACAGUGUAUUUUCUACAUCUCGACAUUUAUUAUGCCGAUGGCAUAUUAGUAGAAAUGUACUGGCGAAAUGUAAGAAAAUGUUUAAGAGUAAGGAGGAAUGGGACAAGUUUAUCUCUUUAUGGAAUUUUUUAGUACUCUCCUCAACUGAGCUUGAAUACAAUGAACAUCUUGCUAGGCUACUUGCGGAUUUUGAUACAUAUCCUGAGGUAGUGCAAUAUGUGUCACAAAGUUGGUUAAUUCCAUAUAAGGAUAAGUUUGUUGCCGUAUGGACAGAUAGUUGUAUGCACUUCGGGAAUGUUACAACCAAUAGGGCUGAAAGUGCACAUGCAAAACUGAAACGGCAACUUGGUUCUAACCAAGUAAAUUUUGAGUGUUCUUGGACCAAGAUCCAUAGUUUGCUUGAGUUGCAGCAUGUUGAUAUUAAGGCAUCAUUUGAGAAGAGCUUAACCAUUGUACAACACCAGUUCAAACCAUCCCAUUUUAGAGAGCUUCGAGGCAAUAUCUCUAUUACUGCAUUAGAUCAUGUCUUAGCGGAGAGUAAGCGAGCGAAUGAUGUUGGCAUUGAUGCUUCAGCAUGUGGAUGUGUUGUUCGACGAACAUACGGGUUACCGUGUGCCCAUGAGAUUGCGGAUUACAUCCGGCAAGGUCGUCCAAUACCACUUGAUAGCAUUAACCCACACUGGAGGACUCUUGAGGUAGUACAAAAGUUGAAGAAUGAUAAAGUGGAAUUGAGUUGUGAACCAAAGUUUGAUCUCAUACUUAAGCGAUUCAAUGCAUCUGAUUACUCUACGCAGUUGGAAAUUCUGCAUAAGUUAGGAGAGAUUGCAGAUCCGCAAAGUAGUUUUCUCAUUGAGCCGGAUGUGAAGCCCAACCCUCGAGGUAAGGGACAUAAGAAGAUAGAUGUAUCUACGCGUCGAGACUCAUGUGCAUUUGAGCUAGUUCAGUCUGGACAUGAUAGCCACUCACCUAUGGGCACCCAGAUCCCCACACAAGAUUCUGUCAAAGCACAUAAAAAACGGCCUGGCAAAGAGCAGGUAUAUCGGACGCGUACAAGUACAACUUAUUCAUAUGUUGAUGCCCUUCCAGUUGGAUUGAAGCCUUACAUACGUCUUAUCAAGGAUGUAGAUGCCGAUGGCAAUUGUGGGUUUAGGGCCAUUGCUGGCUUGAUGGGGCUUACAGAGGCUGAAUGGGGUCAAGUCAGGCGUGAUCUCCUACAGGAAUUGCACACACACAUAGACCAUUAUACUCAUCUAUAUGGUUCACGUGACAGGAUUGAAGAGCUGACCCAUAUUCUAUCAUUCUUUGAGCCUAAUCCAGGGUAUCACCGUUGGAUGACUAUGCCUGACAUGGGUCAUCUUAUUGCAUCUUGUUAUAAUGUGGUAUUGUACCACUUAUCUGCACAACAAUGCCUUACUUUCCUCCCCUUACGAUCAGUGCCAAUAUCACAACUUCAACGGCGUGAGAUUGCUAUUGGGUUUGUUAAUGGGAAUCAUUUUGUCCAGGUGUUCAUGUUACCGGGUCAUCCAGUUCCACCAAUAGCUACCAAUUGGUGCAAGUUUCAUCAUUCUUGUGCGGCUGGAUGGGAUACUGCAUAUAGUCGCCGAAUUGAGCAUUUUAAACAAGUUGUUCAUUCAGGGGUAGCUACUAGAGAGACAUUUGAUUGUAUUAACCUCGAUGAGUAAUGAUGUAUGUCAGUUGAGUUGUAGUGAUGCAAUUUAAAUAG